AUGACUGACAUAUUCGGCCCCACCUUCCCCAACACGCAACUCCUCGCAGACGCGUUCGCCCUCUCAGGCUACCUCGUCCUAAUCCCCGACGUCUUCUGCGAGACUGAUGAUAUUUUCCCAGCGGAGAAACGACGCGAAACGGAGGAUAUUCUCAAACAACUCUCGGUCCCGUACGAGCUGUGUCUUUACUCGCAUGUUGAACAUGGGUUUGGCGUCAAGGGGGAUCUGUCGCAUGCGAGGGCUAAGUUCGCCAAAGAGCAGGCUUUUCGACAGGCCGUGUGCUGGAUGGAUGAGUAUGUGAAGAAGGACUGGAGGGAGGAGGAUGGUCGCUCAUAA